AUGAAGGGUCGUCAACAACCUACGCUAGGUGUUUCGAUCACCUUCUUCUCCAUCGCAACUAUCUUCGUCGCCCUCCGCUUCAUUUCGCGAAUAUUUGUGGUCAGGAAAAUUGGGUUACACGACUGGUUGAUGUUGGUCGCAUGGCUAAUUAAUUUUGGCUUCUCCUUCUCGCUAUUCUUUGCGGUUCAGAAAGGCCUUGGCCUCCAUUCGAGUGACAUCAAACCUGAAGAUGAGCUCGCUUUUAAUAAGGCCAAUUAUGCGUUCACCGUCCUCUAUAAUCCGGCGUUAAUGGCCGUCAAGACCUCGAUCCUUGUCUUCUACCUGACCUUGACGCGCAAUCAGAAGAUUUUCCGAUUUGCAAACUAUGUCACUCUCUUUGUGGUGAACGCAGCGGGCUUUGCCUUGACAUUCGUUAAUAUUUUCCAAUGUAGACCUGUCAGCGCAGUAUUCCUUUCCGACGUCCCGGCCCAUGCGAAUUGCACCGACAUUGUCACCCUGUACCUCUCCUCGUCUCCGGUGAAUAUUAUUACGGACAUUGUCAUCCUGUUACUUCCGAUGCCGCUUUUGACAAAAAUGCGCCUACCUUUCAAGCAAAAGAUCAUUCUGGUGAUCACCUUCUCCUUUGGAUUCUUUGUGGCCGUGGUCGAUGUGGUUCGAAUUGCUUUUCUUCAACAAGCUGCUAUUUCUCGUUCGCUGGAAGUCAAGUCGAUUCAUAUUCAAAACAUCGGAGGGGUGGAUUUCAGUUGGUACGCGUCGCUAUCUUUCAUGUGGUCUGUUGUCGAAGUCAACCUAUCGAUCAUUUGCGGUUGUGUUCCAAGUCUCAAACCUCUCGUCACGCGUCUUGUUCCGAAAUUGAUUAGAGACACAAACGACGAUACAUCAACUUCCUCGCCUCAUGGACUCUCCGGAGGCGCAGCAGGGGGAAGUGAAGUUGCGGUCCCGGUUUCGCCAGAAUCUCCGUCGCCAUUGCCAUCUGGCAACGAAGGAAAUAAGGGUCUACAGAACCAAGUUGGUAGUGCCCCUGGUGGCCGGCCUAGCUCUCGGGACUCGGAGCCCAUCGAUAUAUUGGAUUUCCUGGGUCACCCGGAAACAGCACCCCAAGAUACAGAGGGAGGAACCCAAACCCAUACUAGCGCAUCUUAUGCACCGGACAUCACGUUCUUCGAUUUUGUGAACCUGAAGAAUCCGGAAAGUAUGCUAAAGCUAAACAACAGGGAGUCGAUUGCGCCAAUUGCAUUGACCACGCUAUUGUUCUUCCUCUGGGGUUUCGCAUACGGCUUGCUUGAUAUUCUGAACUCCCAAUUCCAGACCAUCGUCCAUUUAGGUCCAUGGCACUCCCUGGGUCUUCAUGGCGCAUACUUUGGCGGAUACGUGAUUGGCCCUCUGCUAGUUGGUCAGCCCGUCUUGAAGAUAUGGGGCUUCAAGUCCACCUUCAUAACUGGACUUUGCAUCUAUGCCUGCGGAACCCUCAUUUUUUGGCCUUCGGCUGUUCUAACGUCGACGGCUGCCUUCAUUUUGUCAAAUUUCAUUGUCGGUUUUGGUCUAGCAGUUUUGGAGACUGCGGCAAAUCCGUUCAUUGCGCUAUGUGGACCGCUUGAGAAUUCCGAGAUCAGACUCAAUAUCUCACAGGGUGUGCAAGCUGUUGGAAGCGUCGUAUCGCCACUCCUGGCGAAACGUGUUCUCUUCAAGGAUGUGCAGGAUGUCGCAUCGUUGGUUGACGUACAAUGGGCAUAUCUUGGCAUCGCUCUAUUCGAUGUGCUGUUGGCGGUGGCGUUCUAUUAUCUACCAAUCCCCGAAGCAUCAGAUGAAGAUUUGGAAGAACUCGCGAAUCGACGCCGAGAAGACAAUAUGACCAAAGUAAUCGGUGUUCCGGUCGUUUGGCUGACUCUCGGUCUAGGGAUCUGGUCUCAAUUCUUCUACGUGGCUGGACAAGAAGUCCUCGCGACAUCUCUCCAACGUUUCGUUAUUGCCGCUCGUCCAGACUCCUCACUCGGACCAUUCGAUUUCCUAACGAUUGGACACAGCAUUUUUGCUGUGGGGCGCUUUUUCGCCGCAUUUGCACAGUGGUUCCUGAAACCACGCUGGAUUCUGAUGGUCAGCUACAUCGGCAUGAUCGUUUGCUCCAUUCUUUGCAUGAAAACAAGCGGCUCAGCAGCAAUUGCCAUGGCAAUGCUGCUCUACCUAUUCGAGAGCGGCGCAUUCAGCAUUAUCUUCGCCAUCUCCCUGCGCGGCACAGCCCAGCAUACUAAAACCGCCGCUGUCCUCCUGACAAUGGCAAUUAGCGGCGGCACCUUUUUCCCGUUUGCCGAGUACGCGGCAUACCUCGCACACGGCGAGUCAUAUUCCUUCUGCGUUAUAAUCGCGCUCUACUGCGCCGGUGCCAUCUUUCCCAUCUACCUCAACCUUGUUCCAGCCGUGAAAAAGCAAGUUGACCCUGUUCCGAAUGAGUAUCUCCGCCGACAUCGUCGCCGAACUCGGACCCAGGUUGACACCAUGCAUCGCGAAAAAGAUAAUCCUUCAAUGGGUGGUGUGCUUUCACGUCCACGCAGUCUGGUCUCCAAUCCGGACCAUAUGCCGGAUCUUCUGCUCCCAGAGGAGGUUCACCAAAACUCGCUGGCUCGUAAUCUUUCGGGGGCUCAAUCAACCUCCAGCUCUAGUUCACGUGUCAAGCCGAGUUCAUCUCGCGAUUCAGGCUCAAAGCAAAGGUUCUCCACCAGAAUCAAUGAUUCCUGA